CAAGAGAGAGAACAGGCCCAGCCGGAGGACCGGAGAAGGCGACCCGGCGCGCCGGGGAUGUGACCCUGCGGCCAGAGGAGGACCGAGGCGGUCCCAGCCAUCCACAGGUCCCACCCCUGGACACCUGGCCAGCCGCCCAGCCCAGCCAUGGCACUGUGCCUGAAGCAGGUGUUCGCCAAGGACAAGACAUUCCGGCCUCGGAAGCGCUUCGAGCCCGGCACACAGCGCUUCGAGCUAUAUAAGAAGGCGCAGGCAUCACUCAAGUCGGGGCUGGACCUGCGCAGUGUGGUGAGGCUGCCACCAGGGGAGAACAUCGACGACUGGAUUGCUGUGCACGUGGUGGACUUCUUCAACCGCAUCAACCUCAUCUACGGCACCAUGGCCGAGCGCUGCAGCGAAAGCAGCUGCCCGGUCAUGGCCGGCGGGCCCCGCUAUGAGUACCGCUGGCAGGACGAGCGCCAGUACCGGCGGCCCGCCAAGCUCUCGGCGCCGCGCUACAUGGCCUUGCUCAUGGACUGGAUUGAGGGCCUCAUCAAUGACGAGGACGUCUUCCCCACUCGUGUCGGAGUUCCCUUCCCCAAGAACUUCCAGCAGGUCUGCACCAAGAUCCUGACCCGCCUCUUCCGGGUCUUUGUCCAUGUCUACAUCCACCACUUCGACAGCAUCCUCAGCAUGGGGGCCGAAGCACAUGUCAACACCUGCUACAAGCACUUCUACUACUUCAUCCGCGAGUUCAGCCUGGUGGACCAGAGGGAGCUGGAGCCGCUGAGGGAGAUGACAGAGCGGAUCUGUCACUGAGCCCAAGCCUGGAGUUGUUGCCUGUCCUGUGGAUCAUCAGAACACAGAGUAGCUGGGGAGAGGACCCUCAGGAAUCGGUGGCAGAGGAACCUGAAGUCCCUGGGACCCCUCUGCACACACCAAGCCGCUGGACUUGUGGUUCUCAGGAGUCUGCCCGUAUGCUCCCUGACUGCUUAUGAAUGGAGAAGGAGGGGCAGAAGGAAAAGGACAGAAGGAGCUGCACCUCCAGAUGAAGUCUAAGGGUGGGAUGGGCUGGGUUUCUGCCCCAGUACUUGACCCUUCCUUGGCGGUUCCCGUGCCGGUGUGGGGCAUGUGGGUGUGGCUGAGCAAUAGUGAGAAAGGUA